AUGCCAGCGGAUUACUCGUCCACCGCCCGGGCACUGUCCGUCUCGACUUCGUCCCCAGAACCUCUGUCUCCGUCGGAGGAUGAGGCCUAUCCGCCAUGGAGCCGAAGAGCACCGGGGAGGCGGAAUUCAGCUAGUAUCUCCGGCGGACGAUCCGCUACCCUCCGAGAUCAGAUCAUAGACCGAGCAACCAAGACAUAUCACCAGCUCCUGGAAUCGUGGCGCAAGAUGAAUUUCUGGCAAAGGGUAGGGGCGGUGGCCGCUUUCUUAUUGGCCAAUUUCCUUGGAAUAGGCUUUCUUGUCUUCACUGGGAAGGUCUUCAUCUGGCUUCAACCCGUGGCGGCACAAUGGGAGCAUUCUCCUCUAGCUUACGGGGUUCUGUGGUUGUGUGUUUUCUUUGUCUCCUUUCCGCCGUUGGUUGGAUGGUCCACAUUUGGGACUAUGGCGGGCUACAUCUUUGGGAUCUGGAAAGGAUGGCUUCUUUAUGCUUCCGCGACUGUGCUUGGGUCGACUUGUUCUUUCAUUGUGUCUCGGACAAUCCUAUCCAAAUUCGUCCACCGGCUCAUGGAACGCGACAAGAGAUUCGCAGCGUUGUCACUGACGCUGAAGUAUGACGGCUUGAAAUUGCUGUGUAUGAUCCGCCUCUGUCCGCUGCCCUACUCGGUAUGCAAUGGGGCGGUUUCAACCUUCCCCACGGUUCAACCGUUGAUGUAUGGGCUUGCCACGGCACUCAUUUCGCCGAAGCUGCUGGUUCCAGCCUUCAUCGGUAACCGGUUACGCGUCCUGUCGGAGAACAAUGAAGAGAUGAGUGCAGGCUCCAAGGCUGUCAAUAUUUGCAGCAUCAUCGUCUCUGUUUGCAUCGGUAUCUUCACGGGGCUGUAUAUAUAUAGAAGAACAUUGGCCCGGGCCAAAGAGCUAGAAGCGAAAGAAAGGGAGGACAUCCGACGCUCGCUGCAAACUGACCAUGCUGCCCAUCGUCCCCAUGGCGCCUUUUCCGAGGAUCCUGAAGUCAACAGCGCGGCCGCUCUUCUUGCGCGUGAUGAAGAAGAACGCAUCGGAUUCGGUGACCUCGACGACGACCAUGUCGACCUGGCGAUUGACGAUGAGAGUGGCAGUGAGACCUCCCCCCACCGCACACAAGCCUCCCCUUAUCGCGAUGAGUUUACCGACAACGAUUCAGAUAUCUUCAAGGAUGGUGAUGGGGCCCAUGAGGAGAUGUAUACCCUACAUACACACGUGCGGAAACCCUAG